AUGUCAACGCCCAUGAUGAGCAGGGUGGCUACCAGAACCCCCGCCAAGUCGACACCCCAGACUCAAAACGCUGCGCCCGUCGUCGACAGUCCCGGCACCUGGAGACACCCACGGAUUGACGAGAUCUCCAGGCGGCGCAACCGGACAACAUUCUCGGAGAAGAACGUCAGAAAAGUCGCUCAGAAUGUGACUUUCUUCGUCGCUCUCUGGGUAGCCCAAGCGUUGGUCCAGCGCUACAUCAGCCACAAGCUAGUGUCAGAGUCGACGAGGUCGAUCCUUGGCUGGGCCUACUUGGUCCUGAAGACCAUUCCAAUCGCCAACUCCGUCACCGCCUUGCUUCCACUGUUCCGUACGACUGACGACCUCAGCGAUAUCCCCCUCUCCGCCGCCCAGCGCCAGCUCCUCGGACUGCCCCCUGGACCGAAGGUCGCCACGCCUGACGCCGUCUUCAGCACGCCGCCGCGCUACUCGAGACCCCGUCACUUGCAGGUUCGCCAGCGAGCAACCGCAGCUAUGCGAGCUCCGCCGCUGUCUGGGCGUGGCAGCCCGGCCUUCGGAGGCAACCUCAACGGCUCGCCCUUCUCGCCGGCCAGCAGCCCUUCCAAGUUCGCCAGUGGGCUUAACGACAACCGCCGCUCCUCUUUCGGGUCUCCUAGCCCUCUGCCUUCCAGCGGCUCCUCUGGCCUCUUCGCCGACCCCACAUCGCCCAGCCCUUCGACAGGCAAGCGCACAAGUGUCGGACUCAACAACAAGUGGCUGUACGAGCGAGGAAAGGCGGUCCUCGACGUCGCUUAG